CAAUGUGUUAGACUGUAAUGUAAAACUUGGGUUUUUCACAUUGGGAUUUUCAAGAAAGAAAAGAAUUCCCUUACCAAACUAAACACUAUCCUUCAAUGGGAUUCAAUUGAUGAAAAUGGCACCAUUGAAAACAGUUGAGGAAUUUUUUUUUUUAACAUUUCAAUUGAUCUGAGGUGGAUAGAAACGGGGGAGAAAGAGUAAACACAGUAACCCAAUAAUUACUGCAAACCUUGUAUGACUCGGUCUGAAGAACCACUUCUCCAACAGUUAAUCCGAUGUCUUGGCCUGAGAUGUAUUAGCAGAAUGAAUGAAUAUAUUUGAAAGGAAAAUCCGAAGAGUAAACACCACAUUUCCGUGGUUAAUAAAACACAAAUCCUAAAACACGGCGUGUGUAAUUUCAGGAAACGCGUCCUAAAUUGUGUACAGAGCAGGUCUGUCACAUGUGAUUAAUUCCUCACUCGGCGGUCAUUAGGGCCAAUUGGUCUCGCUGUGAAGCGGCCACAUAAACCUCACGGUCUCAGUGUCUACAGUUCCGGCAUUAAAAUGUGAUUUUUUGGUCAUUUGACCAAUGAGGAGCACUGAAGCCGUAUUAAAAAUGUAUGUUUUAGGCCUGUAUAAUUAUAUCCCAGUGGCUUUUGGAACCAUAUCAAACCAUUUGUCAUUUAAUUUUUGCAGAUGUUGGGUUUGUGCGGUGAAACGGCGCCCGCACAUAUGCAUGUGUUAGUUAUUUAUGAUCCAGGACGGCCACGUGGUUUCACUCAUUUGGCAUGUUCACAACCCAGAGCCAUUGAUCAUCCCCGGGAUCAUCAUUAUUCAAAUGAAUGUGGUCGUUUAUCCCACAUUAUCAAUAUUAAAAUUAUACGGCAGUAAAAGAUUACAUUUAAUGAUAAACUCACGUUAACGUAGGUGUGAAAAAAUAACAUAUAUAUUACUAUAAGGAUGGUGAUUAUUAUUAUUAUUAUUAUUAUUAUUAUUAUUACAUGACGGUUCUCAUUACCAUUUCUUCUUAAGGGUGACCUUACCGGGUACCGGGGUCACGAUUUGGGGGUAUGGACGCCAGUAGGGCCAUCAAACAUCCAUGUUGGGGUCACAGUAUUAAUUUCUUUGUGAAAAAUGGUACGAAUUAAGUUGCAGUAAAGUAAAUGUGUACAAGUGUGUGGUGCGGGGCCCGCUCCAUGUGUCACUCCAUUGGCCUCGAGCUGAGUCUGGAGGCGGCCACUCCUGCCCCCUGCUCACAGAUAUACGUGCACAGUACACGCAUGCUCACAGUCAGCAAGAAGCCCAAGUUCACGAGGUGGAAUUAGUCACAAUCCGUGGCAGCAUGGAUCACAUAGCGUUUCUGGGAGCGCAGCUGCAGCAGCAGCAGCUGCAGCAGCAGCAGCACGCGCACGUCGAGCCCAUCAGCUUUGGCAUUGAUCAGAUCCUCAGCAAUGUAGAGCAGAGCUGCAUGUUGGACACCAGGACGGAUCCGGGCUACGGACCCCCGCCGUACAUCCGCAAUACGGGUGUCGGCUUUACGUGCGGCAACGGCGAUUGCAACAACGUCGGCGGUAACUGCGUGGGCGCAGACAGAAACGUGGGUGUCGGUAUAAACGGAACUAACGUUAACGCAUCCGGAGUUAUCAGCGUCCCCGCGCACCGGCCGCUGAGUGGCACGAACUCAUCCUUACCACUGGUCAGAGGGGGAGUCAAUAACCUGAGUGAGCUGACCUUUCCUUGGAUGGAGAGCAGCCGGCGGUUCACCAAAGACAGGUUUACAGUGUCCAUUUCACCCACCACUAUAACACGACGUGUAGGUCACCCAUAUCAGAACCGGACGCCUCCGAGAAGGAAGAAGCCGAGGACGUCCUUCACGCGCCUGCAAAUCUGUGAACUGGAGAAACUGUUCCACCGGCAGAAGUACCUGGCAUCAGCAGAGAGAGCCGCCAUGGCCAAAGCCCUGAAGAUGACGGACGCUCAGGUCAAAACCUGGUUCCAAAACAGACGCACAAAAUGGAGACGACAGACGGCAGAGGAGAGGGAGGCCGAGCGGCAGCACGCGAACCGCAUCGUGAUGCAGCUACAGCAGGAAGCGUUCCAGAAGGCUCUUAACCAGCCACUGACCCAGGACCCGCUGUGUCUCCAGAACAGUUCGCUGUUCGCCCUACAGAAUCUGCAGCCGUGGACUGAGAACACUGCCAAGAUCAGCAACAUAUCCGCCUGCGAGUAGCUUCAACACAGCGAAAGAACUGAAAGAGACGCAGAUUCUCUACUAACCACAGCACCUCCUGUGGCUGAUUGGAGUAACUCCAUGGUCGAAUCUACGUCAGGAGACAAGGACACAUGCUUGCAGAUGCACUUUUCUUUGUGAUUUAGGUGUUUUGUUUAACAUACAUAUUUUUCCCCAUUUCUCUACUCGAAUACUACUACUAAAAGUACUUUGGUACUACGCGGGGGAAACGCAGUUGGGACAGUGUGUAUGUGUGGAUUUGUGCACAGGUGUGUGCAGAGCAGAAAUAUACAAUGACACAAGUCAUGAUGUAAUACCGCGCAUAAAAUUAUAUUUCUAACAUUGUAUAGUAAACUAGUUUAUUUCUCUAGUAAUGUAAAUAUGGAGACAGACCCACAGCAAAUUGCAUGACAACUGAGCAGCAUUUAUUUAUUUACUCUAAACCUAAAUGUAAAUCUCGCCCUACGUCAAGAACUGUAUAUAUAACUUAUUGUUAUUCAUGAUAGGUCUUUGUUUAUUCACUGCCAUGUUAAAAGUUAAAUAUUCCAAUUUUUAUUUGAAAAACACCUAUUAGGACAACAAUUAGUGCCGUCAAUCGAAUAUGAUUACGAUUUUGAGCCUCCAGCCGUACAAUAACCAUCGACCUGAUCAUCACUAUUACUAACAAGAGCGGGUUCAGAGCUAAUUCCUGAUGUAGCCUAAAGCUAUUCGAGGUCACUGCAAUGUAAAGACAAGGAAAAAUCUUGAUCCAACUGGACAACUAUAAAAACUAUGUGUUUUUUUCACUACAGCUGUUAUAGCCUCAAUCAAAAAGAUCGGCCAUAGACAGAGAAAAGAUGUGUGUGAAGAUUCAAGCUCAUGUUUUUUUUUUUCUUACCUCCUUCUAGUGAAAUAUCAAAUGCUCUUGUGGAUAAGGGUUAACACGCUUGAAGAGUUCAUGGCAUUAGUAUUUGCAGCAGCUGUGACAACUAAAGACAAAGGAGACAAAAUGAAAACCAUUAAAGGUUUAAAAUGAGCACAGGAACAGGAAGUGAGGCCUAUUCGUCAUCGUGAUCAUUAUUUAAUUUAAUAUGUUUACACUGCCCAUGAUAAAUUAAGGAAAUUACAGAUGAAUAGUGGAAUGAAUGGGAAUCCAAGGUUCUUAACUAAACUUUCUGUGUAGUACAUGUGUAAAAUAAAAGUGUAAAAUACUUAAAUGGCAGCAACAAGUACCGUCACUGUAGCAGUCUCUGCAGGGUGCGGAUCUUUAUACUCAAUGUUACUUUUACACCAGCUGAUAUGUACAUGAACUGUAAAAAGGAAAUAAAUACUUGAAUAAAAUCUACAAUAAUG